CGCGAUACUUCAGUACCCGGAAGUGGAUGGAGCUCAACACGUUUCAAUUGUAAUGGAUGGCCAGCUGACGUAAACUUGUAUCUGAUAUCAAUAAUGUUCCGAUUCUACAUAACAGCAAAACCAUAACGUUGAAUUGGAUAUACAUAUGUUACAGUAUUUAUAAAAUAACAAAAAUACAGUCAUGGAAGAUGUAACGAUAGAGACAGCCGAGGAGAUCUUAGCCAAGCAACAUCGCAAGGAGAAGAAGGACCUGCAAGCUCAAAUCCAGAGCAUGAAAAAUGCUGUCCCCAAAAAUGACAAGAAGAGGCGUAAACAGCUGACUGAGGACAUUGUGAAGCUGGAGGCUGAGCUGAAUCAGAAACACAACGAGGAGCUCCAACAACUGGACUCAUCAGGAGAGAAGACGGUGGACGAGGUUGUGAAUGGAGUAGAGUCCCUGGCUUUGGAAGGAGAGGAGGAGCAGAAAGAUGCCAAACAAGGGGGAGGUCCAUCCAAGGCACAGAAGAGGCGGGACAAGAAGGCAGCUGCGGAGAAGGAGAGAGAGCGUCGUAUAGCGGAGGCUGAGGUGGAGAACCUGUCUGGGCUGCGACACCAGGAGGGACUGAAGUUGUCCCAGAAACUGGUGGAACGCCAGCUGCAGAUCAGGGAGAUUUCCUCAGAUGGUCACUGUAUGUACCGCGCUGUGGAGGACCAGUUGGGGCAGCAUGGCUUAGGUCUGACCCUGAAGGACCUCCGGGCCCAAACCGCUCAGCACAUGAGGAGCCACACAGACGACUUCCUUCCCUUCCUCACCAACACCAACACAGGGGACAUGUACACGCCUGAUGAGUUUGACAAGUAUUGCAGUGACGUGGCAGACACGGCCGCCUGGGGUGGACAACUGGAGCUGAGAGCUCUGACACAGGUCCUUCAACGGCCCAUAGAAGUGCUCCAAGCUGAUUCCCCAGCUAUAAUGAUUGGAGAGGAGUUUGACAAGUCACCCAUCACCCUUAUGUUAGUACCAUUUACAUGCGUCAUGCGUACGGACUGGGAGAACACUACAACUCAGUGGAAGGUAUGAAAGACCCUGCUACUCAAGAGGAGACCUGAGACUCUCAUUCAGUUCCGUUAUAAAGAAUGAUAAAGUCAACUAUACCGAAUGAAUAUAUAAACACAACAUGUAAAGUGGUGGUCCCAUGUUUCAUGAGCUGAAAUAAAAGAUACCAGAAAUGUUCCAUACGCACAAAAAGCUGAUUUCUCUCAAAUGUUUUGCACAAAUUUGUUUACAUCCCUGUUAGUGAGCAUUUCUCCUUUCCCAAGAUAAUCCAUCCACCUGACACGUGUGGCAUAUCGCUGCUUAUACAGCAUGGCCAGUACACAGGUGCACCUUGUGCUGGGGACAAUAAAAGGCCACUCUAAAACGUGCAGUUUUGUCACACAACACAAUGCCACAGAUGUCUCAAGUUUUGAGGGAGUGUGCAGUUGGCAUGGUAACUGCAGGAAUGUCCACCGGAGCCGUUGCCAGAGAAGUGAAUGUUAAUUUCUCUACCAUAAGCCGCCUCCAUUUUAGAGAAUUUGGAAGUACGUCCAACCGGCCUCGCAACCUUCAAACAAGGGUGCAUGGCGUUUUGUGGUCGAGCAGUUUGCUGACGUCAACGUUGUGAACAGAGUGCCCCGUGGUGGUGGUAGGGUUAUGGUAAUGGGCAGGCAUAAGCUAUGGACAACUAACACAAUUUCAUUUUAUGGAUAGCAAUUUGAAUGCACAGAGAUACCGGGAUGAGAUCCUGAGGCCCAUAUAUUUUUUUUUUUUUGGUAUUUGUGACCAACAGAUGCAUAUCUGUAUUCCCAGUCAUGUUAAUUCCACUGAUUAGGGCCUCAUGAAUUCAUUUCAAUUGACCGAUUUCCUCAUGACCUGUAACGCCGUAAAAUCAAGGACAUUGUUGCAUGUUAAGUUUUUAUAUUUUUGUUCGGUUUAUAUGGUGUUAUCAGAUUUACAGGUUUACUGUCUAAAUGAAGUGUUUGCCAUCCAUGGAAUUUGAUGGGAGAGGAGUGAGAAAGGCAAUAAUUCCACCUAACUCUGUGGCGACUGAGAGAGUAGUUUGCCAUCACAGUGAGCUGAGGAAGAAUUGGAAGUAACUUUUCCUUGAUCAGAUCUUGUGAAUACUCCUGAAAUCACCAUGGAAAUGUUAUGUAUUAAAUAUCGCUCUUUGGUGGCGUGACGUGCUGUUAUUUCCUGCGACUGCAAUAUCAAAGGCUGAAUGUCUUGUGUGUUGUGAAUGCUGAUGGACAAUACAAUUAUCAAAAUGGUUUUCAAUUUAGUUUCAUUUCCACUGGAAAGACAUAAAUGUAAUUAAAAAAAUAAACCAGAA